AUCGCACCACUACUUAAAUCCCCAGUUUCCCCCCUCAUCGUCUCAUAUCACACAAGGACUAAUAUACCCCCCGUUUCAUCUCACAAAACACCCAUAAACAACCACUUCGCCUCCAAUUCACCCCUCAUCUUUCACCUUCCAACACAACACUCACCCUUUGAUGACCGACCUGCACCCAACAAUGUCCGACAACACCACCUCCUCUGCCGCCCCCCUGGCCGCCCCCUCCACCGACAUUACCAAACCCUCCAACGGCGCUGGCUACCAACGCCCCGCCAACGUCGGCGGUGCCAGCCGACUGAUCAACGUCGAGCCUCCCCGCCGCGAAGACCUGCAGCCGAGCUAUGCGCAGAACCUUGUCGGCGAGAGCGAGCAGGGCACGCACGGGUGGUACGGGUCGAUGAUCAACACGCUCGGGAACUGCAUUGGUACCUUUGGUGCGGUUCCGUGCUGUAUUAUCUGCCCGAAUCCGUAUAAGCCGGUGUCGCAGGGGAAUGUGGGGUUGGUGACGAAGUUUGGGAGGUUUUAUCGCGCGGUGGAUCCGGGGUUGGUCAAGAUUAAUCCGUUGAGUGAGAGGUUGAUUCAGGUGGAUGUUAAGAUCCAGAUAGUUGAGGUCCCAAAACAAGUCUGCAUGACCAAAGACAACGUAACCCUCCACCUCACCUCCGUAAUCUACUACCACAUCACCUCCCCCCACAAAGCCGCCUUCGGCAUCUCCAACGUCCGCCAAGCCCUCAUCGAGCGCACCCAAACCACCCUCCGCCACGUCGUCGGCGCCCGCGUCCUCCAAGACGUCAUCGAGCGCCGCGAAGAGAUCGCCCAGUCCAUCGGCGAGAUCAUCGAAGACGUCGCCGCCGGCUGGGGCGUCAAGGUCGAGAGUAUGUUGAUCAAGGACAUGAUUUUCUCCAACGAGCUCCAGGACUCCCUAUCCAUGGCCGCGCAGUCCAAGCGUAUUGGAGAAUCCAAGGUCAUCGCCGCCCGCGCCGAAGUCGAGUCCGCCAAACUCAUGCGCCAGGCUGCUGAUAUCCUGUCCUCCGCCCCGGCAAUGCAGAUCCGCUACCUGGAGGCGAUGCAGGCCAUGGCCAAGAGCGCGAACAGCAAGGUCAUCUUCCUGCCUGGUCCGGCGAAUGUGGCCUCCCAGAUGGCGAUGGCGGAUAGUGUUGGGGAGGGGUCGGCGGCGAAUGGGGGGAAGAGAAUCGUGGAGGGGGUGGAGACGAGCGACUUUGGAGGUGCGGACCCGCAUUUUUCUCAGGCUAUUAGGGCGGAUGUUAUUGAGCAUAUGUGAGGUGUGUGUGCUAACUAGGGGGUGGUUUAGCUUGGUCUACGUGAGAGCUGUUGCCUACGGGUGAUGGGUGCUACCCCCUCGAAUGCGACUGCGACUGAGAUGAUGAUUGGGGGAUGGGGGUAAUGGACAACAAGGCGAUGGAUAAUGGGGAUGGGGGAUAAUUGGUUUUAUGGACGGCGAGUUGUUUGGAAUGGAAUGGAUGGAUGGAAGGACGGAUACCCCCUCAGUCAUUUUUUGUUAAUCUUUAUUUUUCGUUGUGAUUCGAAGUUAUACCGCGGUGCUAUUACCCAACGACAGAGACAGAGUGUAGGAGACAGAGAAAUCGCGCGCGCAAUGAUACCACCUUCCUUGUCUUUAUC